AUGUCACGUUUUGUUCGACAUCAAAAUAAUAUUGUAAUCAUUUGUAACACAGUCAGAACGGUUUGGCAUGAAACCUCUUGGAAUGUGGCCUGGGAUACCUGGUGGCACUACAAAGAAGGAGCUAUUGGAGGUCCCAGCUACUGGGGUCACACUGCGCAUAUGGCAUACGCAGAGGACGUGUGGCGUUCAUGUCACAUGGGAAAACUUCAGUCUCCCAUUAGCAUCAGUUCGUCCGAUUUGACUUAUGACAAGUCCCUGCGUCAACUGGAUGUACUUGGAAAAGAAAAACAAGUUGACAUGGAGAUACACAACACCGGGCAGGAUGUGAAAAUUGAAUUACUGGAUACCUCACCUCCACUCAUUCUGACGGGUGGGCCUCUAUCCUAUGAAUACCGAAUUUUCGGGGCACUCAUUAAAUUUGGAUCAGAUUCGUCAAAAGGAUCUGAUCACCAGAUAGAUGGAUUCUCUUUUCCUGCAGAGGUUGGUGAACACCCAUCUGCUGACUUGUCGGCUCUUUUGGCCACUAUUGUAGACGUUCAACUCAAAGGACAAUUUCGACGCCUAAACGGGCUUCUGAUGUCCGCCAUUUUGCCAUCAACGGAACAAUUCAUCACUUAUCAAGGAUCCAUACCAUUCCCUGCAUGUCAUGAAACAGUCACUUGGAUAGUGUUGAAUCAAGCUGUGAUAAUCACCGAAGCUCAACUCCAAGCAUUGCGUGAACUUCGCAUCGGACCGGUAAAAGAAUCGGGGACAAUGGCGAACAACUUCCGGCCGGUACAGAAACUCAAUGGUCGGUCAGUGAGAACCAAUAUCGACUUUGAAGAAACUGUGAGUCGGCUGUCCAGAUCGGGUGAUGAAUCCUCGAACUUGGGCCAAUCAGAGGUUUUAGCUUCUGGUUGUGCGGUACAGGAUACGGCAGGUGGAUUGAAGGGUGGUGGUGCACCGCGUUUCGCAUCUCUAUAG